AUGACUACACUCAAGGAAAAUUUUGUAGCCUUGAAUACUGAGUUCAAACAGGAGAUGGCUGCAACAAGAACCUCCCUCAACACGAUUCUACAGGCUCUUGGUGUGAAUCCAACUACUCAUACUUCUGAGAUGGCUGCAACAAGAACCUCCCUCAAAACACGAUUCUACAGGCUCUUGGUGUGA